AUCAUCUUUGAAAAAUCGUACUCUAAUCACUAUAUAAACCCAUCGACUCCGUUUGAAAAUUCCCAAUCAAGUCAAUCUCUCUUUAAAGAUCAACAACACAUCGCCCUUCUUUUCUCUUUCUGGCUCUAUUUUUUAUUUAUUUAUUUUGUUGGGUUCCUUUAUUUUUGAUUAAGUCUCUUUGACCACUAACAUCUCUGUUUUGCAGAAGGAAAUAUCUUGUUGGGCUCCUUUAUUUUUGAUUAAUUUUACUGUUUCUCUGUCUAUUAUUUGUUUUUGGUUGUUGUUAACAUUAUGGAUGCAGGGUCUAUUAACUCUUCUUCAAGCUUGAAAGCACAAUCUCGUUUCCCCCUUCAACAGCAGUUUCUUCCCAGAAUGAACUCUAAAGAAAACCUGGAUAGAUUUAUUCCAAACCGGUCAGCAAUGGAUAUGGAUUAUGCCCAUUUCAUGUUAACAGAAGGGAGAAAAUGGAAAGAGAAUCCAACAGUGAACUCACCGUCAAGAGAGGCUUACAGGAAGCAACUUGCUGAAUCCUUGAACAUGAACCGAACUCGAAUUCUAGCUUUCAAGAACAAGCCUCCUGCACCUGUCGAGUUGAUGCCUCAAGACCACUCUCAUCACCACCACCAGCCCAAAACCGCCAAGCCUCGCCGACAUAUUCCUCAGACUUCUGAGAGGACAUUGGAUGCACCGGAUCUUGUGGAUGAUUUCUACCUCAACUUACUGGAUUGGGGCAGCAGCAAUGUUUUAGCCAUAGCUCUUGGAAGCACUGUUUAUUUGUGGGAUGCUUCAGACGGUUCUACCUCAGAAUUGGUCACGGUUGAUGAUGAAGAUGGACCCGUUACCAGUGUCAAUUGGGCUCCUGAUGGACGCCAUAUUGCCAUAGGCUUGAACAAUUCUCACAUACAGUUAUGGGAUUCUGCUUCCAAUAGACAGUUAAGAACAUUGAAAGGAGGACACAGAUCGCGAGUUGGGUCAUUGGCAUGGAACAAUCACAUCCUGACAACAGGGGGAAUGGAUGGUCAAAUCAUUAACAAUGACGUGAGAAUUAGAUCACACAUUGUUGAGACUUACAGAGGGCAUACACAGGAGGUUUGUGGGCUUAAGUGGUCCGCUUCAGGUCAACAAUUAGCAAGUGGGGGCAAUGAUAAUCUAAUUCAUAUAUGGGAUAGAUCUACUGCAUUAUCAAACUCAGCAACACAGUGGCUUCACAGGCUGGAGGACCAUACUUCGGCAGUGAAAGCCCUGGCUUGGUGUCCUUUCCAAGGGAAUUUGCUAGCCUCUGGAGGAGGUGGAGGAGAUAGGAGUAUUAAGUUUUGGAAUACACAUACAGGUGCCUGCUUGAACUCGAUUGAUACCGGAUCUCAGGUUUGUUCUCUUUUGUGGAACAAGAAUGAAAGGGAACUACUUAGCUCUCAUGGGUUUACUCAGAAUCAACUCACUGUUUGGAAAUAUCCAUCAAUGGUGAAAAUGGCAGAGCUCACUGGCCAUACUUCUAGAGUCCUUUACAUGGCUCAGAGUCCGGAUGGUUGCACAGUGGCAACAGCAGCAGGAGAUGAAACGUUAAGAUUUUGGAAUGUUUUUGGAGUUCCAGAAGUGGCUGCUAAAGCUGCUCCUAAAGCAAAUCCCGAGCCAUUUUCUCACUUGAAUCGCCUUCGCUGAAGCUGAAAUGAAAACAGAACAACAAGGCAAUAAAAUCUCGCAGAAGAUGUGCCAAGAUACAUUUUCUGCCCAGUUAGUUUCUGAAACGUCGUCUCCGUCUGAUUUCUUUUCACACCGAUUCUCAGAAUCCUCGCAUGCAUAUUCUGUUCUGGGUUACCGGGAAAACAACAAUUUGUUGUCAGCGAAUGGAGAAGGCAAAUCAAUGACAAUCGAUAUCCAUGCUUUGCAAAUUGAGACAGCUACUAGCAACAAAAUCAUAAAUGAAAUGGCAUAAAGCCCCCCUCACUCAAGUUUGGUUGCAUCACCCCUUCCCUCCUCCCUCAAUUGCUGUACAGAUCAAAGAAUGAUUUUGAAGGAGGGGGGUUGGUAGAUGUGUACUGUAACAUCAAAUAUCUCCAUAGUGGAAGCUUUCAGAAUGUUUUCCCC